GGGUCACCAAACUUCAUCAAAUCAUUCACACACCCUGCCCCACCACUUUGAAUCCCCCAUAAGCUGCUGCUGCUGCCAUAGCUGGCUAGGUUUGGCAGUAGUGAGAAAAAUCUCGAGAGAUAUACGAGGUGGGUUUUGUUUCUUCUUGGUCACUCGCCAUGUCUUCUUCUUCUUCCUGUUGGGUGAAAAUUUUGUUGUCUGUAGUUGGGUUGGUGACGUGUCUAGAAGGUGUAAAUGGUGGAGUGAGAGUGAGUAACACAUCAAAGAUAGAAGAAGCAGUGAACUUCCAUCUUUAUUAUGGACAGACCUUCAAAGUCAUCAAGAAUGCCGUUGAUGGCAAGAGCUACCUUCUCAUUCAGAAUAAAUCAAGGAUGGCAACAAGGACAAGAUACUGCGCCUCAAGGAUCAAAUCUUUUGUCAUCCCCCUCUCAAACUUCUCUGCUGAUACCCACUUCUUUCCAGUGUCCUUUUUCGAGCUACUGGGCAUACUGGAGAGUAUGAAAGGCAUAACAUCAAACAAUUUGGCUUCUGAAUGUGCCUUAAAAUUGUAUGAAAGAGGAGAAACUGAGAUGAUCAACAGGAAUGACCCACAACAAUUUGCUCAAUUUUCAGCCCAUUUUGUUAGUGAUACUGAUCAAUCUCAGGCUUGUAAUUUUGCAAAUUUUGUUCCUUUUGGAGAGGAUAACCCUCUGCAGAGAGCAGAGUGGAUCAAGUUCUUGGGAGUUUUUGCAAACCUUGAAUCCAGAGCCAACCAAGUCUUUGACACAGUCAGACAGAACUAUCUCUGCCUAGCUAAGGUUGCAGCAAAUAAGACAAACUCCUUUAAACCAAUAGUUGCUUGGAUGGAAUAUUACAAUGGUAUAUGGUCUUUCACAAAGGAAACAUAUAAGUUGAAGUAUGUGGAAGAUGCUGGUGGAGAAAAUAUAGAUAAUUCCAUCAACAAGAUCACUUACAACGUCUCAAAUCCUGAUGACUUGGAUGAAUUACAUGCAAUUCUAUGUACCGUUGAUGUGGUGAUUGAUGAAACAUUCGCUCUUGAUCCAGCUGAGUACAAUCAAUCAACCUUUCUUCAAAAUGUGAAUGUUGAAGAUAAAUCUUGUUUUGCAUUUCUCACUAAUCAAAGCUUAUGGAGAUAUGAUAAAAGAGUCCAGAAUUCUACUGCACUUGACUGGUUUGAUGGAGCAGUCUCCCAACCGCAAUUGGUUUUAGCAGAUCUUAUUGAAGCUUUGUUUCCUACUGGGAAUUACACAACAACAUACUUCAGAAAUAUUGCAAAGGGGGAAGGGAUUAUAAGCAUUGGAGCUAACAUGUGUGACAGAGAUACCUCCAAUCCAAUGGAUCCUACAACAAUAGCUUGUCAAUGAUGGCACUAUUUUAAAUAUAUUUGAAAUUUUUUAUUUGUUUUGAUGAUUUUUUUUUUCAAAUUUUCAUUUAGGAUUCUAAAAUUUAAUAUUGUUUAGUACAUUAUAAUCUUUUUUUUUAAGAAAUAUAUUUAUUCAUGAAUGUUUUCCAAGUGAAAGGAUUGUUGGUCUUGUAUUAUGCAAUUUCUGUAUUUUAUUUGGAAGUCUCAGACUAUUAAUAUUUUUAUUUUUACAAUCUAA